AUGUCUCUGGCUGACAGUUUUCAUAGCCUCAUAGAUGAUACCCCCAUUUUUUGCUUCUACAUCAACCUCAAUGGCUCCCUGAACAUCCUCUUGGACGAAUACAACUUCGAGAUGUGCUCUAGAUUACUCCCGUUAGAUAAGCAGAUUAGAAUUCGACAGAUCCGCAGCGCAAAAGACCGUGCUCUGAAACUCCUCAAUUCUAUACUAGUUCAGUACAUAGUUUCUUUGUAUGAGAGAGACUACAAGCAGCUAACCAAAUUGAAAAUAUCUUAUGGGGAGUUUGGAAAGCCGUUUCUUCUGUCUAGAGACUACGCCUACAACAUAGCCGAUGAGGAUGGUAUUACUUCACUAUGUAUAUGCUUCCAAACAAAACUUCCAAUAGGUCUCGAUCUAAGCAAUCCUAAGGAUAUAGACCGAUUUGCGCUUUCGGAUCUUAGGGAUUUUUAUAGGAGCGAGUUUUCUGACAUCUUUUCCCAAAAGGAGCAGACGGAUUUGAAGAUGGCCUUUGCAAGAUCCGAUGGCUCUAGGGAAACUCAACUCGAGAUACUUUGUCAGUACUGGGCAUUUAAGGAGAGCAUGGCGAAGUAUGAGGGAUUUGGACUUCACAGGGGGCUACAAGUUUACCAAUUCGACUCCCCUAGGACACUAGAACAACUAACGGACGUUGGAGGCGUCGACAAUUCUUCACCCUUCAAAGCUGUCGCAAAACUAGAGUUAUCAGAAAUUGCGCCGCACGUCUACAACACUUGUUUCACCCUUCCUAAUUCAAAUAUCAUAGGAUCAAUAAUAGCCAAGUAUCCAUCAGUGAAGAUCAUUAAGUUGGAUCUCGGUAAAAUGGUUGCAUUUAUAAACAAAGAGACUGUAUGGGAAUAA